AUGGAUACUAAUCCGGGGAAGGCCCCCGGGGGACAGCAGCCGUAUGAUGAGGAAUGGGCACGAGAUUUGAGGAUCCAAUUCGAGGGGUUACUCCGCACGAAGCGAUUAAAUGAAUUACAAACGCGGUCACGACGGGGUUCGCCUUCACCAAGAGAGAGCGCUUCGUCUGGCAACCUGCGAGCAUCGUCCGCAGCCAGUUCCGACAGGCCGCAAACAUCUCACGGCAGUGCCAGCUCCUCCGCUACACCACCGCCAUAUUCCCACGUCCGCAACCUCCCCAAAAUCCCGACCCCGCCAUCGCCCAACGACCGCGAAUCUUUGAAAUUCAGGAGCAUGCUAAUAUCGCUAUCGGCGACGCCGACCAAGUACGAGAACCCGGGCUUGCUCGAUGAAGCGCUACAGGUUAUUCCGCUGGACAGGAUAUAUGGCGAAGCUGAGGAAGAGAGCCAAGUGCUCCAAGCGCAGGCCGAGAGUAUGGGCGAUGGGCGCAAGCCGGAAUGGGGUUAUCAGGAUUGCGUCAUUCGGGCACUUCUCAGGUGGUUCAAACGAUCUUUCUUCACUUGGGUCAAUAACCCCCCUUGCCCGAUAUGCCUGUCGCCGACCAUUGCGCACGGCAAGACGCAACCGACGCCAGAUGAGCAAGCCUGCGGCGCACUGCUCGUCGAGCUUUACCGAUGUUCCAACGUCAACUGCGGAGCAUUUGAGCGUUUUCCCCGGUUCGGCGAUGUAUGGCGUCUAUUGCAAACACGACGUGGGCGAUGCGGCGAGUGGGCCAACUGCUUCACCAUGUUGUGUCGCGCUGUCGGCAGCCGCGUGCGUUGGGUGUGGAACGCCGAAGAUCACGUUUGGACCGAGGUUUACUCUGAGCACCAGAAGCGGUGGAUCCACGUCGAUGCCUGCGAAGAGGCCUGGGACAACCCGAGGCUGUACACGGAAGGCUGGGGCAAGAAAAUGUCGUACUGCAUUGCCUUCUCCAUCGAGGGUGCGACCGACGUCACCAGACGCUAUGUACGGAAAAUGGAGUAUUACAACGAUCGGACCAGGUGCCCCGAAGAGGUAUUGCUGUACAUCAUGCAGGAAAUUAAACACCUACGCCGGGCCAACAUGGACAAGGAGACACGCUUCCGGCUCGAGAAGGAAGACUCAAAGGAGGACCGGGAGCUGCGCAGCUACGUCGUGGCCUCCAUCACCCACGCUGUGACCCAGCUUGUGCCAACAACAGGCGACGGCAACGCGAAUGGCAGCGCUGGGGGGAGACGAGGAGGCUCGUCUUCGGGCGAUGAUACCAAGGUUCCCGUAUCUGCCGACCUUGGCCCCCGACAGAGUGGCAAUGCCGAGUGGGUGGCUGCUCGCGGAGAGAAUGGCGGAAGGAAUCAACGAUACCCGCCGCCUCCGAACCAAGGUCCGCCGUUCUCCUGA